AGACGACGCCAAGCUCGACCGUAGCGCCCUGCAACCGCCAUUAUAGAUCCCGUUGUAUGUGACCGAGGUACGGAGCUGGAAAAUCCUGGUGAAAAUUAGUCAUUUUCCUAUAUAAAAUUUGCACUUGUAAUCGUACGAACGAUGAAAACGUAUAGCAGAAAAAAAGGCGACAGCCCGAGUAACGUUAUUAUUCAUGUGAACGAACUCUGCCGGCUUUGUUUGGCGAAAGAAGAAGAAAUGGUGCCAAUAUUCGACGAUGACGCCAUCCCGCUGCAGCUCAGGAUCAUGGCUUGCGUCAAUUUGGAGGUAUUCGAAGGAGAUGGUCUUCCAAAUAUGAUUUGCCACCCUUGUAAAUACCAACUGGAAAAGUCAUACCAAUUUAGAAAGAAGUGUGAAGCUGCAGAUUCUAAGCUCAGAAGUCAUAUGAAGCUCAUCAACCAUUUGACUGGUGAAGAAGAAAACAGUCAACAGGAUGAUGAAGAUCAUGAACGUCCCUCGUGUAGUGGAACGUCGAAACAAGUCAAGCAGCUGUUAGCUGAUUUAGCUUCAAUGAAAGGAAGUAGCACCCGUACAGAAGCUGAUCCGAUAGAAGUUACGGAGGAAGAACUCGUCGGAGGCUAUAUCUUGGGUAUGCAUGCAGAAAAUCCAGAGAUGGAAGAAGACCCUUUUGCCAAAGAUCCUGGGAAUAUAAACUUGACACCAUCUGAAGAGAGAGCAGCUAAAGCCCGCUGCACAAUACGCACAUCACGAAUUAAGCAGGAACACGAUACAGACGAUGAAGCGGAUGAGAUACAGCGUGCUAUGGCAAAUGUUGAUCACAAAAACGUCUAUUUGAUGGAUUUGGGUAAUAAAGGCGGAAAUCAAGGAGACUCAAUGAAUAUGCAAUCAAUGGAAUCUGAGGAGCUGAAAGUCUUCCAAUGUGAUAAGUGUCCGAAAGCUUUCACUCGACGAAUAAUGCUGAAAAGACACGAGUCUGUACACGUUCAACAAAGAGGCUUCACAUGCCAAGUUUGCGAAAAAUGGUUUCCUACUAGAUCUGCUUUGGUCAGACACGAACGUACCCAUACUGGUGAGAAACCGUUCGGAUGCAACAUUUGCCAUCGUGCAUUUGCUCAGAAAGAAAUUUUGCUCCGUCACCUGAUGACUCACUCCGGUCAAAAACCAUUCCAAUGUCAGCAAUGCGAUAAGAGUUUCACACAACGUGAAGCUUUAAAAGUACACAUGCGUCGUCACCAGAAGCUGAAUCCCAACGACAUCCAGUUGCAUCACUGUCAGUUAUGCCCUAAGGCAUUCUGUCAUGCUUCAGGGCUAAGCAGACACUUAGUUACACAUACUGGCAAAACAUAUAAGUGUAUCGAGUGCCAAAAAACUUUCACGGACAAGAGUUCGCUGCUAAGGCACAGUCGCAUUCACUCGCCAAAGAAAAUGGUCAAUUAGGGACUAUGUGGUAUCGUAAAGUCUAAGAUAUUUUCAUAUAAUUAGAAUCAUUGCAUCGCUACAAGAAAUAAAACAAUGGAUUGUGAGAUGAAACUAUUCGAUAUGCCAUCUGAGUGGAGAAAGCAAUCUCUCAAAUUAAUAAGAUGAAUGUACCAACAGUGAAGUUUUACGUAGCACAUUAUUCAUAAGUAGAUACAUUGGUUGGCUAUAUUGUCGCUCCCCUUAGGUUUAUUAUCGUGAUUAUGUUUAAAAUUUACACAGCAAUCUUCUAGCAUCUGGGAAGGUCUGGACACUUUAAUUGCCGUCUAAUAUACAUAAUAUGGUUGCCCACAGAAAAUAGUUUAUACUUGAAAAUCGCAGUGUGAGAUGUCGCGAUCGGAUAAUUUUUUUUGUAUCUAAAAAAAGGUUUUUUCAGCUACUAACAAACUCAUCUUUCUCGCAAGAACUGCUUUCAACAUUUUUUCAAGCAAAACCAAUUCGGAAUAAGCUAAGAAACGUUUGAUUCGUAAUGUUACACACUGCAUUUAUUGACUAUGAAUAGGACGUUGUCUUAAGUGAAGCUGAUUGCUGAUGAUAUGUUCUAUUUAUGCUAUAAAGGUGAAUAGUAGUAUUUUUUGUAGAUUAAGCUUGUUCUCUGAGAUCAUAAAUCUUUUUAAAGCAUCACAUCCUACUCACUAAACUGAUCAUGAUUGAAAGUCGUGUUUCAAGUGUACUAUGUAUAUCGUAAUACCUAGACGUAAAGAUUUUAACAGGUGCGCAACCUUAUUUUGACUCCUAUUUCCAAUUAGUUCACAGCCUGUAUAUAAAAGACAAGAUAAUUGACCAAAACUGAUAAAGGUGAUACUCAUCUACCUAUCGCAUUUCGUGCAAUAGAUUUAUGAUUUGAGUACUACAUAUUUUCUAUUUCAUCAUUACGCGUCAUACGAGUAAUGGCUCUAACGUUUAAUGAAGUGUUUUUUAGUGCUAGAAAUUUGAUGGAAAUAAUGAUUAAAGAUUGAUUAUUGUCUUUUUAAAAAGUACAUCGGUAUAUUUUAUACAUAAUAAAUGUAUAUAUAUUAUAAAUGUACAUACCGAUAAUUACGAUGUAAUGUUUGGAGACAUUCAGCAACAUAAUUCCACUAGCGUUGACACAAUAUUUGUAUUUUAACAUUUAUUAUGUAUAGUUUAUUUAUACAUAAUAAAUGUGUAUGUAUUAUAAAUGUACAUACCGAUAAUUACGAUACAAUGUUUGGAGACAUUCAGCAACAUAAUUCCACUAGCAUUGACCGGUGGAUUUAUUGUAUUUCAUAUAAGACCAACAAACAGAUGAGGUAAUUUAAAUAUCAACAUCCAGCUCUGGCCCUGGCUCUUCAUUUUCUAGUAGCGUUUUCGACUUGUCACACUAUUUGGGACUUGUAUUUGUCAAAUCCAGCUGCACGAGCUGAAAAUAUUAGCGCACAAGUGUGUGGAUUUCGAAUUAGCCAGUGUACCAUGGGUGAAAACUGUCACUAAAAGUUGAGUGUCUUUGAAGAUCCGUUUUUAUCAAUAAAAGUGAAAUUAUCUCUUA